UUCUAGUCGAACUUAACAAAGAAGUCUCGCUGUCAGUGAGUUUUUCUUCAUCUUGCUAAAAAUUUGAGAAAAUCGCGAAAAAAUGUCUCAGAUCCUCUCUCAUUGCUUCCGUCGUACAUUUUCCGCAUCUGCAGCCCGCAAUGCUGUUCAGGGCCCAUCGGCUGUAGCUGGAGAACACUCUGGUGGCUGGAAGCUGUGGAAGCGACUGAGUUUCUUCGUGGCUCUGCCAUCUGUAGGUCUCUGCAUGCUGAAUGCCUAUUUGGGCCAUCAGAAGGACCAUGGUAAGCCACGUCCGGAAUUCGUUCCCUAUGAACAUCUGAGGAUUCGCACCAAGAGAUUCCCAUGGGGUGAGGGUAACAAGAGCCUCUUCCACAAUCCUCAUACCAAUGCCCUGCCCACUGGCUAUGAAACACCUGAUCCCCAUCACCAUUAAAAAGCUGGCUGAGGGACUCCCGGAAAGCUCUUAAGUUUUCCAGGAGGAAUAGUAGGAAUGUGUGAGGUAACUUGUAAGAGAAUUUAAAUAAAAAGCUAUUGGAAUCGAA